AUGAUGCUUCGCUUUCUCGGUCUCGUGGGCUGGAUGAUCUCCACGGUCAUGGCCUACGUCCUGAUUUACAUGAUAUUCGACCUCCGCGAUAUGCAUCCAUGGAUGAGACGUAUCGCCGUAACUCUUUCCUCGGCGGCCCUGAUAGCGCGGAUCAUUCGAACCGAGAUGGAAGACUUCCAGCCGGAUCGCGUCUGGGGCAACACCCCCCUCAAGCCGGCACUGUUGAUACCCAUCCUCUUCGCGGUUCUGGCAGAUAUCGGAGCGCCGUUCCUGAUGUUCGUGUGCCUAUACAUCAUCACGAUAGACGCCACCUGGAUCGCCGACAACUGGGUGACUCUGGGCCGGGUCAUUCUUAUAAACAGUUUGCCUGAGGAUGCCACCGAACGUGACAUCCUCUACGGCCUAGAUUACGUUACUAGAGACCGUCACUUCUCGAGCGACAAGGUAAGGGUCGCUCGGCUUCGCCACAACUACGAUGGUGUUCGCUUUGCUUUCGUCGAAUUUCAUCGUCGAUUGGAGGCUGAAGACUUCCUUGACCGGUACUACCCCGAUAUUACCUUUCGCCUUGAGCAUUCUCGCGGCCUUGAUUCCGAACCCAUUACAGUAGAAAUCAUGGCCGCAGAGGACCGUGACGAGUGCGGUGUUAUGAAUUACCCCCACCGAGCUGUUUGUUUCAAAUGUAAAGCCGAGCGACCUGGCCCUUUCUUAACUGGCGAGACGGAUGAGUGUCUCCAACAAACCCCAUCCCAAUAUGUCGUCAUCCGGGACCUUGAGGGAUCCGUCACCGAGGAAGUCCUAGCCAAAGGCGUCAUGAAGCUGUUUGUUGACGACCCAAAGCCCGCAAAGGAAGCCCCCACCACCGUCAACAAACUCAAAUCGACAGCGCCAACAAACAGCACGGUUGGUCUCGGAGCGAAAUCCGGCUCGCUCCGCCGCGUGUUCCUGAUGCGCGACCGCAAGACCAAUGAGUCUUGGAGGUACGGCUUCGCCGAGUUUGCCACGGUUGAGGACGCCAUGGCCGCCGUCGCUAAAUUCCGAGCCUCCACGAGAUUUACGAUUGCGUCCUCACCCGUCGUGGUGGCUUUCAUCCAUACUGGCGUGUUCAUUCCCGCUUUCGACACCACGGCGACGGAGAAUCAGGAAUUCUCAUUCACCCCCAUUUACAACUCCGCCGUGCGUGUCAAGUACUGGGAUGAACGCGCCUAUCCCAGUGCCCGCAUCGUCUCGACCGACCCCCUCCCCGGCGCGCCGAGCCCCGACCAGCCCGGCGGCAACGCUGAUGAGGCCACCAAAUCUGCGAAGCCCGUAAAAAAGGCCAAGGGUACCAAGGAACCCGCCCCCGUUGCCAAGGUGGCCAUGAUGCCACAAGUGCAGCUGUGGGCGAAGGCGUCGGCGCAGCUGCACGGCGCUAAACCGGCGGCCGACGCGACUACGCCCUCCGCCCAAGAGCCCGAAGAGGUCACGUCAUCUCUGGUUCGCGGCCCUGUCCGCGAGGCCGAGGAUGCCCAGCCAGACGGCCCGGUCGCCCCACAAACGAACGACCAGUACCUCUCCUACGCCGACUGGGACACCUUUGACCUGUCUCGCAUGCGGCUGGGGAGCGCCAACCCAAGCGCACAUAGACGAGCGUGGCUGGGCCCCAGGCCCGGGGCGACCUGCUCAUUGAGCACGAAGGGCGCACCCACCGUUUCUACCAGGACGAUCGAGUCAAGAAAAAGGCUGCCGCGGCCCUUAGCGCUUUGGGCAAGGAACCCCGCACCAUCGUCCGCCGCCACCCCCACGGCUGAAGUCGGAGCCACCUUCCCGUCUACAAAAGCGGAACUACACAAACGCAUGCUGGCGAGCCCCCCAGAACCGCGCCCCGCGCCGCUGGCGAGUUCGAACAAAUGGGCAAGAAGAUGCGGGAUCGUCGAGCCAGACGCGGACUUCAAGCGUCUCUGGGAAGUGCAGCGCGUACGCUUCCUGCAGCCGCAAUACCGCGACCGUGCUCUCGAACGCAGGCGCGCGUUCGGCCAACCAAAACAACCCACCGCCACCACCACCACCACCACCGCCACAUCAUCCUCCUCUGCCGCCGCCACUGCCGCCUCAGUCCCCGAGAAGCGCAAGGAGCCCACCGAAAAAACCGACGAUCGAGACGGCGGCGGGAGCGAGCCCGCAGCGAAGAAGUCCAAGGGCGCUGGCAUGCUGGCCAAGAUGGGCUGGACGGCGGGGGCCGGGCUGGGCGCCGAGGGUGCCGGGCGCACGGAGGCGGUCGCCACCGAGGUGUAUGCUCCCGGCGUUGGGCUGGGUGCGGAGGGGGGGAAGCUGGGUGAUGCGAGCGAGGAGGCGGCGAGGAAUACGCGGGGGGAUUUUGGCGCGUUCGUGCAGAAGACGAAGGAGAGGGCGAGGGAGCGGUUUGAGAAAAUGUGA